CCUCCCUCCCCACACAAGACUGCAGGUCGGCGAAGCAAGAACACCCCAGCAGCAACAUGUCGUCAUCGUCGUCUUCGACAGCGUCAGCGUCGUCGGCGAAUGGAGGAACCAAGCCGGCGACCAAGAGCGGAGAGACUAUUCGCCUCGACGAGCCUGAGGAGCUGCCGCCCAUCGCCAACGAGGUUGCCAUUCCGCUGGAACCUGUGAACGGUGGUGGCGGUGAGCACGGGGCCGGUGCCCGAGAUGAGGCUGGGGAAGCAAGCAAGAGCAACGACGUGGAGGGCGGACAGACGCGGACGCAGCAGGUGACCGGGUACGUUCUGCGGGCGCGGGACGUGGUGAUGGCCUCGCUGGAGGUUGUGCUCUACAUCCUGUUCUUGGUGGCGUUCUGCCUCAUGGCGUACGGCGCGCGGAACUCCACGUACUCGUACCACUACAACGCGCUGAUGAAGGAUCUGUUCCUGGAAGAGGAGUUUCCGGUCUCGUCGUCGCACAUCCUCAAGAACUUCUACGACUGCGCCACCAUCGAGGAGGUGUGGCAGUACCUCAAUGGGCCAUUCCUGGCCGGGCUGGCCGACAACGGGUCCAACGGGCCCGACGGGUACAUUUACGGCGUCAACAGGCUCAUCGGCAUGGCGCGACUGCGACAGCUGCGAGUUAAGCCGGGCAAGUGCCCGCUGCUCGGCGCCUUCAAGUCGUCGUUUGCCGUGCAAGGCUGCCUUGCGCCGUACAAGGAGCAGUACGAGAGCCGCGAGACGUUCUCGGCCGGCACGGCACCAUUCCGGUACGCCUCCGAGAGCGAGGUCGGCGGCUUUGAGGUGCUUGGCCGGAUCACCCGGUACGACGGUGGCGGCUUUGUCGAGUACUUUAACGGGACGAGCAGCGACGCGAGCAAGAUGGCGUUUCUGCAGACCAACAACUGGCUCGAUGUGCAGACCCGGGUGGUUGUCGUCGACUUUUCGACGUACAACGCCAACAUCAACAUGUUCUUUGUCGGUCAGAUGGUGUUUGAGUUUCUUCCGUCGGGUGGCGUCGUACCGUCGUCAGUCUUCCGGGUCAUUCGCUUCUACCGCUACCCGCCGACGGCCUCUGGCCGGUUCCAGAUCUUCCUCGAGCUCACUGUUGCGGCAUUUGUCCUCUUUUAUGUGUUGCAAGAGCUGUUUGAGAUGAAGCAAAAGGGCAUCGGGUACCUCUCGGACGGAUGGAACUUUUUCGACAUUGUCAACCUGCUCCUCUUCAUCACUCUCUUUGUCUUCCGCAUCAUCAUCACUGUCGAGUUCAACAAGCUCCAGCUGACCAACUUUGAGGGCAGCUUGCGGUACUACAACUUUACCAACCUGGUCACCCUCUCGUCGGCCGAGUUCAACAUCCUCUCGCUCAACGGUUUUCUCCUCUUCUUCAAGGUUCUCAAGUAUGCUCGGUUCUCAAAAUCGGCCCUCAUCAUCACCAAGACCAUCAAGCGGGCGGUCCUCGGCAUCGCCGCCCUCACCGUCAUGGUCAUGUUCCUCCUCCUCGGCUUUGCCUUUUUCGGCAACCAGUCGUUUGGCACCGACGUCGACAGCUACCGCACCUUCACCUUUUCGCUCCUCACCAUGGUCCGCGGCCUGCUCGGCGAGCUCGACUUUGAGUCGCUGUGGGCCAACAACCGGCUCAUGGGCCCGAUCUUCUACCUCGCCUUUGUCAUCCUCUUUGUCUUUAUCCUCAUGUCGGUCUACAUUUCCGUCAUCGACGACGCCUACGGCCGCGUGCAGGACAAGUACGAGAACCGGCCCAACCCGCACGCCCUGUGGAUGACCUCGCUCAAGGACUACGCCGCUGGCCACAUGCCGGCUAAGGUCAAGUCCUGGCGCGAGGCGCUCCGCAAGCAGAAGGAGAUCGAGCGCGCCCAGCGUGGCGUCCUCGCCGCAGACACCAACAACGACGACAAGAUCGACCGGUCCGAGGCCCAGGCCCUCCUCGCUCAGCAGCAGGACAUGGCCCAGUACCUCGGCGUCGACAACGUCGACGACCUCUUCGCAAUGUACGACGCCGACCAGGACGGUCAGCUCGAUCUGGAAGAGCAGGCUGCCAUCAUGGCCCGCCUCGAGGAGGAGCGUGCCCGCUACUCGGCCAUCUGUCAGGACCUCGCCACAGACGGCGCCGCCGACGACUCGGACCUCCCGCCGCCAUCCGCGCACACCGCCAUGCGCCUCCGCGCUCUCGCAGCCGCCGACGAUGACCGCGACGAACUGGGUACCCGCGUCGAGUCGCUCGAGACCCUCGUCGCCUCGCUCCACGGCAAGCUUGACGUCGCCCUCGACUUUUUGCGCUCCAUCACAGCCCAGCAGGCCCGCGCUCGCCGUCGCCGCCGCACCGCCUCGGUCAACCUCUCCCAGCUGGCUGACGCCCGUCCUGCCCAUGCUCGUCCGUCGUCAACCAUGCAGUAAUGAACAUACACGCCUGCCU